AGCCAUCGCCCCACGCCAGCUCCUCCCACACAUAAGCCUGUAGUGGUCCCUCCUGAGUUGCCAUAGCACUCCCGCACUCUGCACAGCCGCUUCUCCUGCACCAAUAACCCCAUCACUACCGCACUCUCACCACCGGCGGUAGCAGCGGCUGUUACUCUGUGUCUCCGGGAUAGAGGCCGCACUGUCUCCAGCGCCUCUAACUGCACUCGCAGGCGGCGGCCAUUUUGUUGAAGCUUUCUUUCGCAAACUUUGUAUCUGCAGCAUCAUGUGUCAUGCCUAGGCGUUAGUAGACAAGAAAAUAGAGAGACCAGGAGGCAUCGAGGACGCGUUUUUUUUUUCUAGCAGGAACAGCAGGAGAGAGAGACUUGUAUAUAUUAUCUGUUAUCGUCUGAAGAAAAUGAGUGAAAAUAUAUUAAACAUCACCCUGGAGAUCAUCUACCUGCUGACUGGUGAGGAUUACAUAGUAGUGAAGAAGACAACUGGUGAACGUGUGACACACAGCAUCCGGCUCUGUGGGUCAGGAGGACUGAGAAGGACACAGAGUCCCAUCCUGGUGCCUCCACCUCACUCACUGAUACAUGAGAGGCACAAUGACCAGAAGAUCCUGGAACUCACCAACAAGAUCAUUCAGCUGCUGACUGGAGAGGUUCCUGUAAGGUGUGAGGAUAUCUCUGUCUAUGUCUCCAUGGAUGAGUGGGAGUAUAUAGAAGGAUAUAGAGGUCUGUACGAAGACGUGAUGAUGGAGAAUCACCAGACACUGAAGAGGGAUAUGACAGAGAGGCUAUUAAAUCUCUACUUGGACAUCGUCUGUCUACUGACUGGAAAGGAUUGCAUAGUAUCGAAGACCUCUGGUAAAUGUGUGACACCCAGCAGCCAUCCCCAUGUGUCAGGAGGACUGAGCAGGACCCAGAGCCCCAUCCCGGUGCCUCCACCUCACUCACUGAUACAUGAGAGAUACAAUGACCAGAAGAUCCUGGAACUCACCAACAAGAUCAUUCAGCUGCUGACUGGAGAGGUUCCUAUAAGGUGUGACGAUGUCGCUGUCUAUUUCUCCAUGGAGGAGUGGGAGUAUAUAGAGGAACACAGGGGUCUGUACAAGGACGUGAUGAUGGAGAAUCACCAACCCCUCACAUCAAUGGAUGUAUCAGGUAACAGGAAUACCCCAGAGAGAAGUCCCCGUCCUCUUUGUUCACAGGAUCAUACAGAGGAGAAUCACAGUGUCCCACAGGAGGAUCAGGUAAAAGAUCUAAUUAUUAAAGUAGAAGAUAUAAAAGAUGAAGAGGAGACGUAUGUGUGGGGUGUUCAGCAGUGUAAGGAGGAGGAAAUCCCUACAGGUAUCAGCACAGCAGAUGGACACAACAGCAGGAGUAACUUGGGGAGACAUCUCAUAGUAUCUCCAGAAAUAGACAAUAACAACUUCUCACAGGAUGCUACAGGAGCAAACCCCAUUACCCCAAGUUUACAUCCAGCAUUUCAUGGUGCACAUAUAUCAUCUGAUCCUUCAAAUCAUGAAGAUUGUGCCCCUGAUAAUUCCAGUAUUGUUACACACAGUUUAGAUCAUACAGAUGAUAAUCCAUUUUCAUGUUCUGAAUGUGGGAAAUGUUUUACAAAGCAGUUAAGUCUUUCUAUACAUCAGAAGAGAGUUCACAAAUCUGAGAGGCCAUUUCCGUGUUCUGAGUGUGGGAAAUGUUUUAAACUGAAAGGGGAUCUUAAUAGACAUAAAAAAAUCCACACAGGUGUGAAGCCAUUUUCAUGUUCUGAGUGUGGGAAAUGUUUUAUACAUCAGUCAGCACUUGAUUCACAUCAGCGAACUCACACAGGUGAGAAGCCAUUUUCAUGUUCUGAAUGCGAAAAAUGUUUUGCUUGUCAAGGAACACUUGAUGGACAUCGGAGAUCUCACACAGGUGAAAGACCAUUUUGGUGUUCUGAGUGUGGAAGAGGCUUUAUGAAGAAAGGAGAUCUUAAUAGACAUCAGAGAUCUCACACAGGUGAGAGACCAUUUCAGUGUUCUGAAUGUGGGAAAUGUUUUGCACUGAAAGGAGUUCUUGAUAAACAUAAGAGAGUUCACACAGGGGAGAGGCCAUUUUCAUGUGCUGAAUGUGGAAAAUGUUUUAUGAGUUCAGCAAACCUAAUUAAGCAUCAGAGAGUUCACACAGGAGAAAAUCCAUUUCCAUGUUGUGAGUGUGGGAGAUGCUUUAGUGUGAAAUCAGAGCUUGUUAAUCACCAGAGAGUACACACAGGUGAGAAGCCAUUUACAUGUUCUGAAUGUGGGAAAUGUUUUACACGUCAGGGAAUACUUGCUGCACAUAAGAGAACCCACACAGGUGAGAAGCCAUAUUCAUGUUUUGAAUGUGGGAAAUGUUUUGCACAGCAGGGAACGUUGGAUGACCAUCGGAACACUCACACGGGUGAAAAGCCAUUUCCUUGUUCUGAAUGUGGGAAAUGUUUUACACGGAAAAAAAACCUUUAUAGACACAUGGCAGUUCAUACAGAUGAUAGUCCAUGUUCAUGCUCUGAAUGUGGAAAGUGUUUCAAAUCUAAAUCAGAUCUUUUGUUUCAUCAGAGACUUCACACAGAAGAAAAACAAUGUCAUUUUGUUGGUACAUAUGUCUUAGAUAAGGAGAUUUAUGGUAGACUCUUUCUGCAAGACAAAAGCUGUCCCUGUGUGUCAGGAGGACUGAGCAGGACCCAACGUCCCAUCCCGGUGCCUCCACCUCACUCACUGAUACAUGAGAGGCACAAUGACCAGAAGAUCCUGGAACUCACCAACUAUUUCUCCAUGCAGGAGUGGGAGUAUAUAGAGGAACACAGGGGUCUGUACAAGGACGUGAUGAUGGAGAAUCACCGGCCCCUCACAUCACCGGAUGGGGCCAGUAACAGGAAUACCCCAGAGAGAUGUCCACGUCCUCUUUAUCCACAGGAUUCUAUAGAGGAGAAUCACAGGAUCCCACAGGAGAGUCAGGGUGAAUAUCUGAGUCAUAUCAAAGUAGAAGAUAUAAAAGAGGAAGAGGAGGAGACGUAUGUGAUGGGUGAUAAGCUGUGUAAGGAGGAAGAAAUCCCUACAGGUAUCAGCACAGAUGGGGCCAGUAACAGAAAUACCCCAGAGAGAUGUCCCCAUCCUCUUUAUUCUGAGGAUCAUACAGAGGAUAGUCACAGUGUCCCACAGGAGGAUCAGCAUGAGGACCUGACUGAUUUUAAAGUAGAAGAUAUAAAAAAGGAAGAGGAGAUGUAUGUGAUGGGUGAUCAGUUAUGUAAAGAGGAGGAAAUCCCUACAGAUAUCAGCACAGCAGAUGGACACAACAACAGGAAUAACUCGGGGAGACAUCUCAUAGUAUCUCCAGAGUGUGAGAGAGACGAUAACUUCUCCCAGGAUUGUCCAGGAGAAAGCCCCAUUACCCCAAGGAUACAUCCAGCUUUAUCAUCUGAUCCUUCUAAACAUGAAGACUGUGUCCCUGAUAAUUCCAGUAUUGUUACACAGUGUUCAGAUCGUACACCAUUUUCAUGUUCUGAAUGUGGGAAAUGUUUUACAAAGCAGUUAAGUCUUUCUAUACAUCAGCAGAGAGCUCACAAAGCAGAAAAGCCUUUCCCGUGUCCUGAGUGUGGGAAAUAUUUUAAAAGGCAUUUUAGUGUUACUAAACAUCAGAGGAGUGUUCACACAUCUGAGAAACUUUUUCCAUGUUCUGAAUGUGGGAAAUGUUUUGGAGUAAAUAAAAAUCUCAUUAAUCAUCAAAAAGUCUACACAGGUGAGAAGCACUGUUCUUGUUCUGAGUGUGGGAAAUGCUUUAGAGAGAAAUCAAAGCUUAUUAAUCAUCGUAGAGUCCACACAGGUGAAAGGCCAUUUUCAUGUUCCGAGUGUGGGAAAUGUUUUACACAUCAGGGACUAGUUAAUAGACAUCAGAAAACUCACACAGUUGAGAAACCAUUUUCCUGUUCUGAAUGUGGGAAAUGUUUUAGAGUGAAAGCAAAGCUUAUUAAUCAUCAUAGAGUCCACACAGGUGAAAAGCCAUUUUCAUGUUCCGAGUGUGGGAAAUGUUUUAAACAUCAGGGACUAGUUAAUAGACAUCAGAAAACUCACACAGGUGAGGAACCAUUUUCCUGUUCUGAGUGUGGGAAAUGUUUUAGAGUGAAAACAAUGCUUAUUAAUCAUCAUAGAGACCACACAGGCGAGAAGCCAUUUUUAUGUGCUGAGUGUGGGAAAUGUUUUACACAUCAGGAACAACUUAAUAGACAUCAGAAAACUCACACAGGUGGGAAACCAUUUUCCUGUUCUGAGUGUGGGAAAUGUUUUAGAGUGAAAUCAAGUCUCAUUAUUCAUCAAAGAGUUCACACAGGUGAGAAGCCAUUUCAAUGUUCCGAGUGUGGGAAAUGUUUUACACAGAAAAUAAAUCUUGUUGCACAUCACAGAAUUCACACAGGUGAGAAGCCAUUUUCUUGCUCUAAAUGUGGGAAAUGUUUUACACAUCAGAGAUCACUUGAUGAACAUCAGAGAACUCACACGGGUGAGAAUCUAUUUUCAUGUUCUGCAUGUGGAAAAUGUUUUAUGCAUAAAAGUUCUCUUCAUAAACAUAAGAGAGUUUUCACAGGAGAAAAACACUGUGUAUAAGCUACUAUAAAUAUAGAAAUUGCAGCAAUACUUACAAUACUGUGUUACUUCUUUGGGUUCCAUAGGCUCCACAGGGUCAUCAAACAAUUAAGCUUUUAGGUAUCCCAAAAUGCUCCGGUCCUUCCCCUCCUAUAAUCCGCCUCCAUGCUCAGGCAUAGCAGUUUUGUUUUGGUGCCGGCAGGAAUCAGAUCACCAUUUAAACCAGGGAUGGGGAACCUUCGGCCCUCCAGCUGUUGUUGAGCUACACAUCCCAGAAUGCCCUGCAAC